AAAUUUUUACUUUACCAUAAUGGGUAAUUGCUGAAGUAACUCGCCUGAUGAGAAGAGCUCGAAUGUAGAGAUGAUAGAUGAGAAUAAGAAAGUUACAGAUGACCUCGACUCUGAUGGUGCAAGAAAAAGAAGAAGAGCAGGAAAGACAAAAAGGAAAGAAAGGAAAGGAGAAAAGAACUAA